UCGAAAAGCGGAGGGCAGCCGCGGGGGGCGGGCGCUCUGGAGCGGCGGGUUCGGCGGGUGCUCUGGCUGCGGUCCGCUCCGCCCGAGGCGCCAAGGAACCGCGCAGGGGCCCGCAGCCCUCCUCCUCCAUGAGGCCCGAGUGAGCGCGGCGGCGAGAGCCGGCCCGCGGCGCCUCCCCCCCGGCGUCCUCUCCCGAGCGCAGCGGCAGCGGCCCCCGGCGGCGGAGGAGGAGGAGCAUGUCGGACGGUUUCGAUCGGGCCCCAGGUGCUGGUCGGGGCCGGAGCCGGGGCCUGGGCCGCGGAGGGGGCGGGCCUGAGGGCGGCGGUUUCCCGAACGGAGCGGGGGCUGCUGAGCGGCCGCGGCACCAGCCGCCGCCGCAGCCCAAAGCCCCGGGCUUCCUGCAGCCGCCGCCGCUGCGCCAGCCCAGGACGGCCCCGCCGCCAGGGGCCCAGUGCGAGGUCCCCGCCGGCCCCCAGAGGCCUCCCCGGCCCGGGGCGCUCCCAGAGCAAACGAGGCCCCUGAGAGCUCCACCUAGUUCACAGGAUAAUAUCCCACAGCAGAACUUGGAGUCAGCAAUGGCUAAACCCCAGGUGGUUGUAGCUCCUGUAUUAAUGUCUAAGCUGUCUGUGAACGCUCCUGAAUUUUAUCCAUCAGGUUAUUCUUCUAAUUAUACAGAAUCCUAUGAAGAUGGUUGUGAGGAUUAUCCCACUCUAUCAGAAUAUGUUCAGGAUUUUUUGAAUCAUCUCACAGAACAGCCUGGCAGUUUUGAAACUGAAAUUGAGCAGUUUGCAGAGACCCUGAAUGGCUGGGUUACUACAGAUGAUGCUUUGCAAGAACUUGUAGAACUCAUCUAUCAACAGGCCACAUCUAUCCCAAAUUUCUCUUACAUGGGAGCUCGCCUGUGUAAUUACCUGUCCCAUCAUCUGACAAUUAGCCCACAGAGUGGCAACUUUCGUCAGUUGCUGCUUCAAAGGUGUCGGACUGAAUAUGAAGUUAAAGAUCAAGCUGCCAAGGGGGAUGAAGUGACUCGAAAACGAUUCCAUGCAUUUGUACUCUUCCUGGGAGAACUUUAUCUUAACUUGGAGAUCAAGGGAACAAAUGGACAGGUUACAAGAGCAGAUAUUCUUCAGGUUGGUCUGCGGGAGUUGCUGAAUGCCCUCUUUUCCAAUCCUAUGGAUGACAACUUAAUUUGUGCAGUAAAGUUACUGAAGUUGACAGGGUCAGUUUUGGAAGAUGCUUGGAAGGAAAAAGGAAAGACUGAUAUGGAGGAAAUUAUUCAGAGAAUUGAAAAUGUUGUCCUAGAUGCAAAUUGCAGCAGAGAUGUGAAACAGAUGCUCUUGAAGCUUGUAGAACUCCGGUCAAGUAACUGGGGUAGAGUCCAUGCAACUUCAACAUACAGAGAAGCAACACCUGAAAAUGAUCCUAAUUAUUUUAUGAAUGAACCAACAUUUUAUACCUCUGAUGGUGUUCCUUUCACUGCAGCUGAUCCAGAUUACCAAGAGAAAUAUCAAGAGUUACUUGAAAGAGAAGAUUUUUUUCCAGAUUAUGAAGAAAAUGGGACAGAUUUAUCAGGGGCUGGUGAUCCAUACUUGGAUGAUAUUGAUGAUGAGAUGGACCCAGAGAUAGAAGAAGCUUAUGAAAAGUUUUGUUUGGAAUCAGAGCGUAAGCGAAAACAGUAAAGCUAAAUUUCAACAUAUCAGUUUUAUAAAGCAGUUUAGGUUAUGGUGAUUUAGCAGAACACAGGAAAGCAGGAAAAUGUGUCACACUUAUACCAAAUUAAGGAUGUUGAGUUAUGUUACUAAUGUAUGCAACUUUAAUUUUGUUUAACACUAUCUGCCAAAAUAAACUUUAUUCCCUAUAACUUAAAAUGUGUAUAUAUAUAUAAUAGUUUAUUAUGUACAGUUAAUUCCACUGUUUUGGCUGCAAUAAAAUCGAUUUUGAAAUAAAUGAAAUGUUGAAAGUAAAUUUUGCUAGUUGGUUAGAAGCUUAUCCUUUAAAUUCUACUUUUCUUGAGGGAAAAAGUUUUAGGCUGGAAAUACAUAUUAUUGCAAAAUGUAGCAUCCUUUUUUAGAUGAGUAUAUAGCUUUCAUUUAGUUUUACAUGGUCUCAAUGAAUGGGUUUCAGAUAUGAAUCACAACCAUGAAAAUCUUUAGCACUAAAGUCUUAGAAUAUAUCAUUAAGCGAUAGACAUAUCCAAGUGCUGUUUGAUACCAAGGGCUUUUAAAAUGUCAAAAAAAACCCACAAAAACUUAAAACUCCCAACUAAACAACCAGGAUUCUUCAUUGAGCAUUUAUUGCGAUUCUAGAAUUGAGUUUUUUUGUUGUUGUUGUUGUUUGUUUGUUUUCUAACUUCAUUGCCCUAAAGCCAACAACAUUCUGCUUUAUUUAUAUGGCUUUCAUUUUUAUUUUGUAGCAUGAGUUGCAUUGACUUUUUUACUAGAGAAUUUUACUAGAUCUUUGUCAUUCAGGUUUUCAUCUGCUUUAUAAUUGAUACACCUUGAGGAUCACUUUUCUAAUACUUUUACUAUAAUGUAGUACCACCUCAGCCCUAUUUAAAAAUAUUUUUACCUAACGUCUUUUUCCAACUAACUAUAAAAGUAAAACUUCUGUACAAAAGGAUUGCUUGUAAAUAAUGCAUGUAAAUAGUUCUGUUAAUAACCCACUGUUUUACAUUUGGUACAUCUGUGUCUGCUAAUACAGUUAGGUUUCUCACUUUUCUGCUUGUUUGUUCAGUCUGGAUUAAAAUUAGACUUUGAAAAUAAAAUUUAAAUAGUUUUGUUUCCUCUAA